GCAACAACAGCCAUGAAAUCUCAGCUCUUAGCCGGUUAGGCCAAGCGAAGGAAAAGAGUCAGUGCCCAGUAUGUGGGAAAAGCUUCAAUUUUAAAUCCAGCCUGAAUGCUCAUUGGAGAAUGCACAAGGUUGAUAAACCGUUUGAAUGCCUGGAGUGCGGGAAGCGGUUAAGCACUACAGCAAGCUUUAAAACCCAUCAAAGAAUCCACACGGGAGAGAGACCGUUUAAAUGCUCUGUGUGUGGAAAGACCUUCAGCCAGAGCUCGGCUCUCACUUCCCAUCUGAGAAUCCACACAGGAGAGAAGCCGUACACCUGCUCGGAGUGCGGGAAGAGCUUCAGCCAGAGCUCAGCUCUGACUUCUCAUCAAAGAAUCCACACGGGAGAGAAACCAUAUCCGUGCCUAGAGUGCGGGAAGAGCUUCAGUAAGACAACUGACCUGACGAGGCAUCAAAGAAUCCACACUGGGGAGAAACCGUACAAGUGUUCGGAGUGUGCCAUGAGUUUUUCUCAAGGAGGAAGCCUCAAAUAUCAUCAGAGACUGCACAUGGAAGAAGAACCCUAUAAAUGCUUGGAGUGUGGGAGGAGCUUCAGUAAAAGUGCUGAACUUACAAGGCACCAGAGAAUCCACACGGGCGAGAAACCAUUUAAGUGCUCUGAGUGCAGCAAGAGCUUUACUCAGCGCUCGGUCCUUAUCUCCCAUCAGCGCAUCCACACAGGGGAGAAGCCAUUUCCAUGCUUGGAGUGUGGAAAGAGCUUCAUUAAGAAUUCAGACCUGACAAGGCAUCAAAGAAUCCACACAGGGGAGAAGCCGUACAAAUGUUCCGAGUGCACCAUGAGUUUUUCUCAAGGAGGGAGCCUUAAAUAUCAUCAGAGGCUGCACCUUGAAGAAGAAACAUAUAAGUGCCUGGAGUGUGGGAAGAGCUUCAGCCAGAGUGCGAGCCUAGCUUCUCAUCAGAGGAUUCACAUGGGAGAAUCCUGCAGACUGCAGAAAUACCUGGACGAUGAAAAAAACUUCAGAUGGGGUGUGGACACAGAUGGCUUGACCAUCACACCGAGUACAGAAAUAAUCAAACUCGAGAUUCUCUGA